UUCCAAUAUGGUGGAUACGUACGACCUUUUCAGAAGAUUGAGCGCGGGAGCGAAAUUUAACAAAAGAAAACAUCAAAAUGUAUCAGAAAGGGUUAAGGCUCUUGGUGAAGGUUCACUUGACACUGAAAAUGCAGCACAGGCUCUUGACUUUUUUGGAACUUUGCAAGGAACAGAAGAUGCACACCAUCAAUUAAGUGAAGACCAUGAACUUGAGAGGAGUGAUGAUGACAUCAAAUCAAAAUGUAGGAAGCUGGAAGAAACUUCAGAAAUAAAAGAGAAGAAAAAGAAAAGAAGAAGAGAGCCAACUCCAGAUGAAAAUCAUAGAGGAAGUCAACCAUUGUCAGAUUCAAAGGUUAAAAUUUUUGCUUCCCAAACAAAUGAAAAUGUCAGUGGUGAUGUUGAUGAAAAGAAAUCCAGUGAAAGAUUGGCUGAACGUCAUCAAGAAAAGGUAAAUAUUUUGAGGCGGGCAAAUCGCAUUCAUGUGAAGGGCUCUGAUAUUCCAGAUCUGGCAGAAAAUUUCUCAGAACUACAAGAAAGGUAUAAACUGGCCUCUUACAUGAUUGAGAAUGUAACCAAAAGAGGUUAUCACAAACCAACUCCCAUCCAGAUGCAGGCUGUACCUCUUAUGAUCCAUAAAAGAGAGGUAUUAUGCUGUGCUCCUACUGGGUCAGGAAAAACAGCAGCUUUUAUUUUACCAAUUCUUUAUCAUUUGAAGUCUUCUCGCAGAAAAGGAUUCAGAGCUGUAGUGGUGUCUCCAACCAGAGAAUUAGCACAACAGAUUUACCAUGAGUUUUGCCACCUGUCCAAUGGCCGUAAGUUUAGAAUCCAUCUCUUAACGAAAGCUAAAGCUUCCUCAAACAGCUUUGGAUCAAAGUCUUCUCAGAGGUUUGAUAUUCUUGUGACUACACCAAACAGAUUGGUACAUCUGUUGUCUCAGGAUCCACCAGGAAUUGAGCUUCAUAAUGUGGAGUGGUUAAUUCUUGAUGAGGCUGAUAAACUUUUUGAAGAAGGCAAGGAUGGAUUUAGGGAACAAAUAGCCACCAUUUAUCAAGCUUGUGACAAACCAGAAGUGAAAAGAGCAUUGUUCAGUGCAACUAUGUCCAAUGGUAUUGAUGAAUGGGCACAGAUUCACCUGGACAAUGUUGUUCAAGUUACAAUUGGCAUCAGAAACUCUGCAACCCAGACUGUAGAGCAAGAGUUACUGUUUGUUGGACAGGAGGCUGGCAAACUUCUUGCUGUAAGAGAUAUUGUCCAAAAGGGCUUCCAACCUCCAAUGUUAAUAUUUGUCCAGUCAAAAGAUAGAGCUAAGGAACUGUUUCAUGAACUUAUUUAUGAUGGAAUCAAUGUGGAUGUGAUCCACUCUGACAGAACACAAGCACAGAGAGACAAUGUGGUGAAAUGCUUCAGAACUGGAAAGAUCUGGGUUCUUAUAGCAACUGAACUCAUGGGCCGCGGAAUUGACUUCAAAGGAGUGAAUCUUGUGAUAAAUUAUGAUUUUCCCACAUCAUCAGUGGCUUAUAUUCAUAGAAUAGGUAGAACAGGUCGUGCUGGUAGACCAGGAAAGGCUAUCACAUUUUUUACAGAAGAUGAUGCCACAAAUUUACGCAGUAUUGCAAAUGUAAUGAAGAGUUCAGGAUGUGAAAUCCCUGACUGGAUGCUGAAGUUGAAAAAGCCAGCCAGGAAAUCUCGAAAGAAAUUGUCCAAGGCCCCUCCAUCACGAACAACAAUUAAAACAGUUUCAAAAUAUGACAUGCAUAUGGCUAAACGAAAGAGGGAGUUGAUUGAGGCAUCCAGGAAAAAAAAGAAGAAAACAAUUUUGAAGCAAUCUUAGUUAGCUUCAUUUUUUAAUUUCUUUUUUUAUUUUAAAUAAAGAGUAAAAUUGUGUCGGAUCUC